UUUGGAAAAAUCGUGUUACUUAGGACCGUUGUCAUGGAAAUCUCUGGACACGUAGAUGGACUCCACAAAGAACAAAAGCCAACAGGCCAAUAACCGUACUCCUGAAGUCGUCAGAAACAUUAUAAAGGAAUAUUCCUUGUGUGUCCUUCAUAUGAAGACCGCGCGUCUCUUGGAAAACAACAACCGAACGUCCAAAAAGUGCAUUUUGAAAUAUGUUUACUUAUUUUGAUGAACAGGAUUUUACAGAGAAACACAUGCAACACGCAAAUCGCUUUAGUGCUUGGGAUACCCAGUCCUGAGUGACGGAGGGAGUGGGUACCGGAGUGCAACAACAUAUCUUGCGCUUGGGAGUAGGCUACGGAGAUGGCCAAUAAGGGGAAUCAACUUCAGACCCUUUCAAAAGUGUUUUUUCUGCUUAGCAUAAUGACAGUUAAGACAAAUGCCAUCGAGACGGUCAACGUGGUGGACUUCUGUGGCCAGAACAUCCGGGGUGAUGGGAUGAUCGUCAACUCACACCCGGAGUCCAAGAAGUACUACUUUGUCACCAUGGGAACGGACUGCCACCUCACAAUGCAAGCCGCCUCCCCCAAGGACAAGGUCCAGUUCCACUUCCGCUUCUUCCUGGUUUACAGCCUCCUUCGUUUAGCACCUCAAAGUCCUCCUCCCCUGUUGCCAGAGUCCCCCCAGGGCCCCCGAUUGGAGCCAUCUACUCCAGUGGUCGAGCCAGGGGACCCUUGUCAUGCUGGGUCAUACAUUCAGUUCUAUGACGGACGGGACAAAAACUCACCUCCUGUUGGGCCCCCGCUUUGUGGGAAGAGCCCACCUCGCCCAGUCUUGUCCACCGGGAACUACUUGACCCUGCGUCUGGUGACCCGAGGUACCCAGCCCCGGGUGGACUUUGUUGGGGACUUCACCUCCUUCCGACUCGGUUUUAACCAAUCAGCGUGCAGUGGUGAGCCUUACUUCUCAUGUCGGAAUGGGAAGUGUAUCCCCAUUAGUCUGGUAUGUGAUGACAAGGGCAUAGAUAACUGUGGGGAUGGAAGCGACCUGGAGGAUCACCUGCCUUUAGGGUGCAAGGACCUAUCAGGUCAGCCGGCCCUUGCCCAAGCCCCUCCCCCAGCAGUGACCUACACUGCCCCAGUCUUAAACCUGCCCACUUUGGCCAUGUCAACCUAUAGGAACUGUGGAAAUCUGGAUGGUGAACCCAGUCACGAAUUAGUGACAGACUCUCCUCCCUCCCUGUCCCUGCUGGCGCUCUACAUUGCCCUAGGUGUGUUAGCGGCCGUGGUCCUCCUGUGCUGGUGUUGCUGGUCUCCCGGCUGGUUCCUCUGGAGGGUCAGCGUGUGCCGCUUCCUACCCUGCUGCAACUCGGCCUGUGCCUCCUGUCAGCUCUGUGCCCGUAGCUGUGCCCAGAACAAGGAGCACCGGCCAGCGAAGGUGUCGCCACAGGGACAGGCCCCGCCUGACAAUUCCACCCUGGUCACCCUGACCCCACCCUCGGCUGACGCCGCCACUGUCUCUGUGUAG